AUGGCGGAAGACUAUCAGAUGCUCGAAGAGCUGGGGAGUGGCUCCUUCGGCACCGUCUACCGCGCCCUUUGCAAACGCACCGGCGAGACCGUAGCAAUCAAACACAUCGACCUCGAAGGCAGCGACGAUGACAUCCGCGAGAUCCAACAAGAGAUCUCCCUCCUCUCCACCUGCAGCUCCGAAUACGUGACCCGAUACCGCAACUCAUUCGUCCGAGGCACGAAGCUAUGGAUCGUGAUGGAGUACCUUGGUGGUGGGAGCUGUCUCGAUCUUCUCAAGCCCGGUCCCAUGGCGGAGGCAUACAUCGCUAUCAUCAUGCGGGAAUUGCUGCUGGGGUUAGAUUAUCUUCACAGUACGGGCAAGAUCCAUCGGGAUAUCAAGGCCGCGAACAUACUACUCUCGGAGACGGGACAGGUCAAAAUUGCUGAUUUUGGGGUCGCGGCACAGUUGACGAAUAUCAAGUCACAACGACUCACAUUCGUCGGGACGCCAUUCUGGAUGGCACCGGAAGUGAUACAAGAAGCCGGAUAUGACUUCCAUGCCGAUAUAUGGUCCUUGGGCAUCACGGCCAUGGAGAUGGCGAUGGGCGAGCCGCCACGGAGUGAUGUCCAUCCUAUGAAAGUCCUCUUCCUCAUACCCAAGGAGAAGCCGCCUCGUCUUGAAGGAGGCAAGUGGAGCAAGGAGUUCAAGGACUUUGUUGCUCUCUGUCUGAACAAGGAUGCAGAGCGAAGGCCUUCGGCACGAGCAUUGUUGAAGCAUGGAUUUGUCAGGCGGGCUGGGAAGACCGAUAUCUUGCAGCAUCUGGUCAGGAAGGCGAGAGAUUACGAGAGUGGAGGCAGUAGAAGAGACAGUGAUGUGCGGUACUAUGAGGAGACGCUCAGAGAAAUGAGCAGUGCCGACGAGGGUGAUGAGUGGAUCUUCGACACGAUUCGGCCAUCUUCCGCAAAGGGUACAGUCAAGAAGUUGGCCAGUGCUCAACAUACUGUCAAAAGGCGCAAGCUGGAGAGAAUACCUUCAGGAGAUGGGUCGGAUGUCGAGGGUGCGGCGGCUGCCUUGGAGGACAUGAAACUGGAUGCUGGUCCGUUGGGCGACAUCGCGAACUCGUCAAAUACUACGCCCACCAAGGACUUGUCCACUAUCCGGACACCGAAGCCUAGGUUGAGCAGUCAACGUAAGGUGUCUGCAUUGACGAUUCGGAAAAUCUCCAUCUCCUCACCGACCGCGCGCCGUGUGAGUCGAAAAGUAUCGGGUGGCACACCGACAGCUCGCAAGAUCAGUGCCCAGCAGCCCAAGCAGCCAUUAGGUUUGGAUAUGUCCUUCGGUAACGGCACAUCGACGGUCCGUCAGUUCAAGCGCGUCUCAUCUGGCCACCAGCAACCUCAGCAACAGCCACAACUCAAGCCCAGCUCGCCACCACAGCAGACCGCCGCCUCCACCUCACCUCAAGACAGCGUCUUCGACUCUGACUCCGAGAACAAACCUCCCGCUCCUCCCACUUCAGCUCCAUCACAGCAGACCCAAACCACCAAGGAGGCCCUCCUAGGCCGACGAUGCUUCGUAAAAUGCAUCGACCCCUCCUUCGCCGAAGGCCAAGCGGCAACCGCCGACCGCCAGAAACGCGAGGCUCUAUCCCGAGUGGCAGAAGCCUGGUCCUACCUUGACGAGGUCGAUCCAGAAGGAGAACUGAUCCUGCUGAAGACGAUCAUGGACCGGAUACAGAGUGAUCCCAAACUCGCUAGUGCUUUGUUGCCGCAGCGGGUAGCGGCCGCACAACUAGCAUCUCUGCGGAUGAAUUCGCCGAGCAAGAAACGGACAUCGACCAUGGGCGUGGAAGCAGGAGAGGUGGGCGCAAGGGAUAUGACACCUCCCACCUCGCCGUCCAAGCCUGCUCGACGCCAACCGACCGAUCGCUCCUCCAUACUCUCCUCAGCGCCUUCGUCGCCAACAAAGCCGUCCGGAAGUCCGGGGAAGUUAGUCAUGAACCCACAGAACCCUCACCUCAGACGUAUGCGCUCGAACCAGCAGUUAGCGGCCGAGAAAGCGGUCGAGGAAAGGGAAAAGGAGAGGACGGUGAUGGAGGAGAAGAUGCCUGGACGUGUGGAGCCGGGGAUGGAGCAUGUGGGGAUGCUUGGGGAUGUGCUAUAUGGACGAUGGAGUGAGGGAUUGCAGGCGAGAUGGCCGAAAGCUUAG